AUGAAAUGCGUUCUUAUCUUGUGUGUUCUAUUUUCUGCAGCUUGGGGUGAACUGUCAAAGCAAGAUAUCCUUACCGUUUUCUACAGUCGAUGCGAUAAUACGGUCAACACGAUCAACCAAAAAAUCGCGAAUUUAAUCAGAAUACCGGCCAAAGGAGUGAAAGAGCGUGAAAUACUAAAACCACAAGGACAGGAAGAGAAAAAGCAAGAUCAAAAGGAAGAGAAAGAUGAAAAGGGAGCUGCUGAAGACCCAGAAGGUGCAAAAAAGGAGGGAGCAGAAGCAAAUGGCCCAGACCCAGACGGAGCAGAACCAGAAAAGCCACAGGAACCAGAACAAUACAAUGCGACUUACUACUGCUCGCUCACAAAAAUGGUCAGAAUAGCGCCGGACUUCAAAUUAACUGGCUUGAUGUACUACCAACACCCUCCAACUCUGUGGUACCCGCCUAUCAACGAUGUGGCGAAAAAUCUCCAAGCGAUGCUUACAAAGUAUAAUCCUGUGGGUACCGGAGUACUGGCCCACUAUCCGAUUGGCUGCGAAGUUCAAAUCAGUACUAUCAAAAGGAAGAUUCCCAUCAAGAAGAAGGGGAAGAAGAAGAAGAAGAAGGGGAAGAAGUUCAAUUGGCAGAUCAUCCCGCAGUACAGGCUAAACUGUCUAGCAUUGACAGGAGAGUUUGUGGUGAAAUUCUUGACCGAGUUUGCACUUUCUAUUACGUUAGAUUUGGAACCUAUAACAACACUUGUACAGAGGUACAAACCUGAAUAA